AUGCGCAAAUCAACAACUAUUGAGAUAUUGUUGUCCAUAUUUGAUCAACUCUCGUCUUUCAUAAGCUUCCUCGACACCGAAAGUUCAAAGCCUCCAUUUGUGAAUCAUGGUGGAAUCCGGCAACUGCAUUCCAACCCUCAUCUUCCAUUUGUAAAUCGACUCAUUUCGAUCGGAGCACAGGUCACCUUUGUCACCGUUCUCUAUGCUCACCGACACAUGCUGCAUGUCCACUGGAGAUCCACUUUGGCCACUGCAUUGUCAUUCGUACCCUUUUCUGAUGGCUACGAGGUGGUCUGGGCUGUUACAUUCCUGCUCUCACCAGCUCGAAAGGACUUUGUCAAAAUUCCCAAUCGCACCAGCAGCAACCAGCCAAAAUUCCCAAUCGCACCAGUAGCAACAAGCAUUGCCAUCCUUGCAAACCCACCAGAUCGCACCACCAUUGCCACAGCAUUGCCAUCUUGCAAACGCACCAGCUCGCACCACGAUUGCCACCCUUCUCUGUACCCACUAGCUCAUAAUCUUCUACUCUGCAUGUCUGUAUUCUGGCUCUUCGUAUCUGUUGGACAAGAGUUUGAAUCGAUAGAUGGGGCACAUGAGUUCUACAUUAAAUAUGCAAAAGAGGCGGGGUUUAGUGUUCAUAGCAGUUCGACUAAGAGAUGUAAAGGUGCAAAAGAAGUUGUCAGGAAAGAAUUUGUGUGUUUUAAGGAAGGAGUAUCUUUUAUAAAGGAUGGUGAGAGAAAAAGGUGUCGGGAGAUGACAAGAGAAAAUUGUAAAGCUAAACUUGCUGUGGUUAGGUCAAAAACGGGGAAAUUUGUCAUCACUGUAUUUGUUGAAGAAUAUAGUCAUCCAUUAUCAACCCCUCGAAGAGUGCAUUUAUUGAGAUCACAUCGUAGUGUGUCUGAAGCCAAGAAGUCACUAACUUUGCAGUUUUCAACAGCAAAUGUGUUGACUCAUCAACAAAUAAGCAUUCUUGAAUUUGAAGCUAGAGGUAUAGAGAAUAUUGGGUGUACAAAGAAGGAUAUAUAUAACCAUGAAGCUAAAGUGCGGAAUGAAUUAAGAGGACAAGAUGCAGAACUUUUAAAGGAAUAUUUCCUAACCGAGCAAGAAAAGGAUCCAUGCUUCUUUUUUAAAAUAGAUGUAGAUGAUGAUGGUAAAUUGAAGCGUUGUUUUUGGGCUGAUUCAGUGUCUAGAAGAGCUUAUGGAUGUUUUGGUGAUGUAGUUGUAUUUGAUACAACUUACAACACUAAUCAAUAUGGUAUGAUAUUUGCACCCUUGGUGGGGGUGAACAAUCAUGGUCAAAUGGUACCUUUUGCAUGUGCCUUUUUAAGUGAUGAAAAAACGGAAUCAUUUGUUUGGUUGUUUGAGCUAUUAAAGGAUAGCAUGCCGACGAAAAACCCAAAAAUGAUCAUUACUGAUCAAGAUCCUGCAAUGACAAAGGCUAUAGUUCAGAGCUUACCGAAUACAUUUCAUAGGUAUUGUAGUUGGCACAUAUUUGAGAAGUUCUCUACGUAUUUAAAUGUGAUUACCUAUAGAGAUUUUUUAUAA